UGUCCAGCCCCUCGAGUCUCUAUUCUUUUUUUUUUUUUUAGGUUGUUUUUGUUUUGUGGGGGCAAGGUUUCUCUGUGUAACAGCCCUGGUCGUCCUGGAACUCUCUAUGUAGACCAGGUUGGCCUCGAACUCACAGAGAUCCACCUGCCUCUGCUCCCCCACUACCACCACCCCAAGUGCUGGUAUUAGUGUGUGCCACCACCACCACCCAGCUAUUCUUUAUCAUUUAUUUUUAUGUGCAUUGGUGUUUUGCCUACAUGUAUGUCUCUGUAUGGGUGUCGGAUCCCCUGGAACUGCAGCUGCAGACAGCUGUGAGCUGCAGUGUGGGUGCUGGGAACGGAAACUGGGUCCUCUAGAAGAGCAGCCAGUGCGCCUAACCACCGAACCAUCCCUCCCACCCCAAUGUGUGUGACAGAGUCUCUCUACACAGCCCUGGAACUCACGGUGUAGACCACUCUGCUUUAAAAUGGCAGAAAUCCACUUUCCUCUGUCUUCUGAGCGCUGGAAUUAAAGGACUGAGCAACCACUCCCGGCUUUUUUUUUUUAAUUUCUUAAAUCAAUUCUGACCGUGUAAAUAAUUUUAUCUCGGUGCCUCCCUAUUUCCUCAGGACACUGAGGAAGAUUCUGACUUGGCUCUCAGGAAACAAAUACGGAAACUAAGGCUCUGAGGUACGAGGUUCAGUCACUCACUGUGUAGACAGAACGAGGAGUUAAUUUACCUCGGCCCUCACUGGCUCCCAGAUACCAGCAGGGUAGCCCUAGAUGGAGGCUGGGGAAUGGUGCCUCCCCUGAUACACCGUCUCAGCCAAAAAGUAUUCUGUUGCAGACUGGUAGGUUGGAACACCUUUCCUCUGAGCUAAUUGGACAAAUCUGAUUUGGCCACGCCCCCAACUGUCAAGCCCGGUGCAGCAGGCGUGUCUUGGGAUUCCCUCAGGGGUAAAGAGCUGCACGUCCUUGGGCUGAGAGAGGAGGUGACUCGAGCAGCAGAGGACGCGAAAUGAGGGCCUUGCGGGUCUCCCAGGCUUUGAUUCGUCCUUUUAGCUCAUCUGCCCGGAGCCACUUAGAAAAUCGUGUGGCAGAGAAGCAGAAACUCUUCCAGGCCAACAACGACCUCCCAGUACACCUGAAGGGCGGGGCAAUGGACAACGUCCUGUACAGACUGACUAUGACCUUGACGCUGGGGGGCACUGCCUACUGCUUAUACUGCCUGGGCUGGGCCUCCUUCCCCCACAAGAAGUGACACCAAGAAUGUUGGCGGACUUGCACAAACACCAAUAAACAUGCUAACCUCUUGAGAACCCCACUCGGCUCUGGCCUGUGUGUCUGUGUGUUUCAACCCACCUUCCCAUCAUCCAGGGAUGUCUACCCAGUAGAAAGCAACUCACCCCAGCCCUUGGCCCCUCGUGCUGGACCAUUGCGGUACUUAAGACAACCUGCUUUAGAUGCCUGCUGGGGGACCAAGGGUCUGGAGUGGUGAUGCUGAGUGGAACAGGGGUAUUAUUAUCCAGCAUAGCAGCCCCUCCCCUUGUAGAGGCCCAAAGGGUAGGGAAGGUGCUGGUCUAGUUCCAGGACAGCCAGGGCUAUACAAUCCGGAGACCCUGGCUCAGAAAGGAAGAGAGAUGGCAUGAUCUAUGAGCCAAGGGAGGAUAAAGACUGGCACCAAGACUGAAGCCCGAAGGUGAUGUGGCUGAGUGGAAGAGCAGAGAAUCUGCCCGGUGUGUGUGUGUGUGUGUGUGUGUGUGUGUGUGUGGUAGAGUACUUGCCUAGCAUGUGCAAAGCCCUGGGUGCCAUCCUUUGCACCAAUCAGGCAAUCUUUUAAAAGACAGAAGUUCAGAGAGCUACAAACAUGGCCCCAAGGGACAAAGAACACAGGGUCCCCAGGAUCUGUUAACAGCUUGGAAGCUUUGGGAGCUGCAAGGGCAUCACUGGGGAUUCCAAGUCCCAUCCUGAGCCUGCAUGGGAUCCAGGCAAAGCCUCAGCAAAGCCAGGCUGUCUCAGCUUAGAACAGUACGAGGAAAAAAAGAUGCAGAGAAGGAAACACGUGGUCCAGCCCCAAAGACAGGCACCCCAACCACUCUUGGAGCUGGAGAGACGAUACUUUGCUGUUAUUGAAGAGGAUCUGGGUUCAGUUCCCAGCACCCCCGGUGGCCCACAACCCUUUGUACUACCUCUGUU